CCACCGUCGAAUCCUUCUCGGACCAAAGUCGAGCUGACACAGGAGAGCGAGCGAGCACGGAAGAUCUGAGGCAGCUGGCUGAUCAAUCGCUUGCUCGAAUGCACUCGGCGCCUGAUCCAAACACAGAUCCACCCCACAAGGCCUCGAUGCCGCGGGAGAGCCAUGACGAUGCUCUACUGGGCCUGAAGCGUACAUUGAAAGAGUGGGAGCGCACCUUUCAGGAGGCCCAGGGCCGAGCCCCAUCCAAAAACGACAUCAAGGGUGCACCCAACAUAGCGGCGCUUUACAAAGAAUACCAUCGUCUGAAGGCUCGAGACGCAGUGACUCGCAAACACGGGGAUGGCGCACCGAAGAUAUCAACUGGCGCAUUCAUGGACCACCAGCAAAGCGAUCCACCGACCGAUGCGUCUAAGCUUCAUGCGGGCCAAUGCAAAUAUCUAUCGCCGUCUUCGAUCCGUCAGCAACUUAUUUUGAACUCCCCAAAGCGGCAGAAACACAACCACAACCCCGAACCACUGCCGAUUUCUCAGAUCGAACUCGGUAACAUCAAGAGCGGACAAGCCGCUCGAGCCCGAAGCGAUGCAGCUGUGGCAGCGAAUACGAAUCUAUCGUCUCCACAACCGCCUAAAUCCACCCAAGAUCCUGUGACACCAAAGAGUGUCCGUAUUCGAGAACCAGAAGUGCGGAUCGAUGCCACACCGACAAAGCAUCGCACCGAGGCGGGGAGAUCUCUCUUUGCCAAUCUUAGCGGCGUCGACGAUCACAAUACCGGUUUGGAAUCCCAAGAUGCCGUAUCAUUCAAAAGCAGAAUUUCCACGCCAAUGAGGAAUCGAAGUACUCCUGGCCAAGCGGCCAAGGGGUCAUUCGUCACCGAUGAUUCCAUCGUGCAAGAUGUAUUUGGGGCCUAUUUGAAUAAGGCAAACUACGAGGACUCGAGUUCGGAGGAGGAGGGCACGGGAUCGUUUGCCAGUGCCCACUCAGCGCCAAUCGAAGACACUGCGCCAUCCAGUCUCAAAAGCCUGUCUUCGUUGCAGUUUAGAAUCGCUCGGCGACCUCGAAUGCAUCGAACCUCUGAGACCUCGUUGGUCCCGCUUCAUCCCCCCUCAGCGACCCCGGACACGAUGGACUCAGUCACAGCAACAUCCAUCUUGGGCAAUGAGUUGAUGAAUGUGCCCGACAGCUCCGCCUCGCCAUUGCGGGAAAUUGUGCCUCCUGGGAGCCGGGCGCGCCCAACACGGCAAUUUAGCUUGCUGUCAAGGGUUGCGCAGCUGAAACAUAGCUCUCUAUUGAGUCCGUUGGAUCUUCAGACCUUGGAAGCCCUUGAUCAGGAUCUCAGCCCAACCAAUGGAGCCACUCGGUCUACCGACGUACAGGAUCCUAUCCAUCAUAUCACAGACCAAAAUUGUACUCAAACCGACAGACUUCAAUUUGUCCAGGGAGCCAACAGCCCUGGUAGUCAAGUGCCGGGUAGCAAGCCUCUGACCGAUUUCAUCAGCGAGGAGCAACAAAGAAAGCGAAAAUUCAGCGACGGCUCAGCCACUGCAAUCGACCCUGUCGAGAACACCGAACAUGGGAAAAAUGAAGCCAAGUCAAAGUCCGAGAAUCGGUAUGAGCCCGAGGGCGGCGCUGACCAUCGAGACAAAGAUAUCGGCGAUAUGUCCAAAACUACAGCCAGACGAAGAGUGGGCUCCAAUUCCAAACGAACUUCCGGAAUGAGUGGCUUGAGGUCAAUCAAAUCAGCGCGGAAAAUCAUCCAAACUGGGAAGAGCAUAAAAUGGCCGGGGAUGAGGUCGACGACGAUCCGAAGUCUCACGACGUACAGCUACUCCGAAAGCAAUUCAAAUUCCCAAGAUCCUUACGAAGACGGGCUCAAAGACGCACCCUCCGAUGUCCUGUGCAAUCAUGAUCUCGACAACAUCGAAUUCGCGCUGAAUCGUCAAAGUGAAAGUGGAGAGAUGUUUCCGAAUGAGCUGAAAGCAGAUCAAAAUUGGAUAUGUGCCAUUGAUCCAAGUUAUGUCCAAGGGCUUGAUCGUAAACGUAGAUACGUUGAUUUGAACGUGGCCCUGACCAGAAUGACGGGGUUGAAGUCCUUCCGACCUAAGCAAGUGAAUGCCAUAAAGAGGGUGAUUGGAUGUCAAUCAACGUUGAUCAACUUGCCUACAGGAUUUGGAAAAUCCCUCUGCUAUCAGCUCCCAACGUAUAUCAUCCGAAACAUACCCAACUCCAUUGGCGGCGUCACUAUUGUGGUCUCACCGAUGCUUUCGUUGAUUGAAGACCAGAUACGUUGUCUCCCUGCCACUCUGAAAGGUGUAUCUCUCAGCACUGCAACGCAAACGUUCCAGGCGCAACAAAAGAUCGAGGCCCUUUUGGAGAUGAAUGCUAUCGACAUUGUGUUUGUAACACCAGAAAAGCUGUGCUCGCAAUCAUUUUCAAGUAUUAUGGACAAGAUAAACCGCGUCAACUUUGUUUGCAUCGAUGAAGCACACUGUAUAUCCGAGUGGUCUCAUAAUUUCAGAUCGUCGUACCUUCGCCUCGGAGCAGCAAUCAAAGAAACGAUUCGGGCCAGUUGCGUCAUUGCCUUAACAGGGACGUCCACCGUCCAAGCGAACAAAUCGAUUUGUUCCAUGCUGUCGAUUUCAUAUCCUGAAGGAGUCAUUACUGGAAGCGUGAUACGUGAUAAUCUUAUCAUUGGCGUUACCAAAAUUGACGACGGAGACAAUUCGGCAAGGGACAAACAGCUGCUGCACCUCCUCAAAACACCAGUUUUCCAGACACUCUCGCCCAUCAUCAUCUACACGAUGUACCAAGUUGACGCGGACAGAGUGGCAAUGUAUUUGCGCGUAAACGGCAUGGCGGCCGAGGCCUAUCAUGCUGGCAAGCCCGCCGAUGUUCGGAACAGCAUUCAAGCGCGGUUUAUGAAGGGAGACAUUGGCUUUCUGGUGGCCACGGUGGCCUUUGGGAUGGGCAUGAAUAAGGUGGACGUACGCAGCGUUAUUCACUACAGCCUCCCAAAGAGUCUUGAAAACUACAUACAGGAAAUCGGCCGCGCUGGCCGUGACGGAAUCCCGGCAUAUUGCCACCUUCUCCUUUCUUCGGAUGAUUAUGCGCGCCAGCGAAGUUUUGCGUAUUCCGAUGGGGUCGAUGAUGCUGCUGUGCAGCGAUUUAUCCUCAAGUAUCUGAACAACGGCGGCACAGCCAGCACACAGAGACAUGUCGAUUCAGAAUCAGAUGUGACAAAUUUACUGAUUCCAAUAGAAGGUGCCGAGAAGGACGUUGACUGCAAGCACCCGAUACUCGAGACAUUCUGGAACAUUAUUGAAGCGGACGAGGAUAAGCCAAUAGCGGUCUUUCCUGAUACGUAUCUGUACUAUUAUGUACGAUUCUUCCGAGGCGCAGAAACCGCGCUAUGCCACUCAGACGAUGUUGUCAAGUAUAUUGUGCAAUGCGCACCAAAACUCACCCGGGGAUAUAAGGUUACGGCGGCAGAGUGUUGCCAGGCACUCAAAAUCUCACCGACAGAACUCUAUCAAAGACUUGCAUCAUACAAGAAGCAAAAGCGACUCUCACUCCAGAUGGAAGAGAAAUGCUUCCAUAUUCAGGUGCGAAAUACCUGGUAUCAAAAGUGCGACGAAGAGAGGGACUUGUCCGUGAAGAGAAUACGACAGGCGAUAGUGGCCAAAAUGGCUUCACUAGAAGCUAGUCGUGUGUCCAAAGUAAAUCAGAUAUACGGUAUCAUCGAAAAAAUCUCACUGAGCCCAUUGGAGUCCGUCGAGCAAUAUUCCACCAAGCAUGAUCGCUCAAAUAUGACAUCAGAGGCCCUCGAGCGGCAGAUCAAGCUGUACUCUGAUAUUGAGCACUAUUUCAAGAACGAACUAGAUGAUGGAAUGACCGAUAUUGGUGGCGACUUCUUCCUGAGCGACAAACAAAAACAAAGCAAAUUCGAAGUGGAAAUGGAUGUGAAAGAGUUUAUUGCUUUACAUCGAAGUGAAAUCACCUCAGGACGGAAUGUGGCCAAAAUUCUCUUGGGAAUCAGCUCUCCAAGAUAUCCAGCAAGCGAAUGGUGAGAAAAUAGAGACACAGUUGGUGAUGGCAACGAAGGGAAUGUGGAUAGUCAAUGGAUGAAUAUGACAACGAAUGGAUUGGGAAGGGAGGAAGGGAUCUCAAAUAAUUCCAAAACUUUAAUCAGGUAUAGGAAUCCGUUUUGGAAGAAGCACUAUUCCUUUGAUUUCCAAGAGAUUGUCCGUUUAGCGAGUAAGGUUUUGAAAUAAAGGAGCAGAAAUUUCACACCAUCAUACAUCGGAGGCCGCUAAUUGCGAGUAGGGAGCUGUGAUAGCCAUUCAUAGAUAUCAAGCAGGACAAACUGCCGAUAUUGAGACUGAUGGAGUGGGGAGGAAGCGAUGAGGAGCAACAGGAGUG